CGAGGCUUCGCGACAUUUUUACGACAGCGGCUGCCGUGUUCCGCGCUCGUCCUCUCUCUCCCUCCUCCUCCUCCUCGUCCUCCUCCUCCUCCUUCUCCUCCUCCUCCUCUCUCGGAGGAGCUACCGGCUGUUGUGUGGCGUCGCUGGUCUGUCCGGGCGGAUGGCAGCCUGAGUGUUCGCGAGCGUGUGUGGGAGAAGGUGAGGCGCGGACGCGCGUGGGCGAGGAGCAGAGUCAGCCGUGGCCGCCCCGCGUCGCACCCGCAGCAGCACGCGCGGCCAACCGCGCGCGAGCCGGCGCCCCGGGAGCGCGGGGACAAGGGCGGACGCUGCUCCCCGCCCCCAGCGCGUCCCUCGGCUGUCGCGCGCCCGCGGGGACCGCCCGGCGCUCCCCUGGAUGUCCCCGGCGCCCGCGCGGGGCCUCCUGCCGUCGCCGCGUGAGGCGGGCUGGUGCUGCGGCCGGCGGGUGUAGCUCGGGGGCUGCGGCUGCUGCGCGGCCCGGUCCCCACCGCGGCCCUCGGCCCCCCGCCCCAGCACCCCGGCCUUGGAGGCUGUGACAAUGGACUAUGACUUUAAAGUGAAGCUGAGCAGCGAGCGGGAGCGGGUCGAGGACCUGUUUGAAUACGAGGGCUGCAAAGUUGGUCGAGGCACUUACGGGCACGUCUACAAGGCGAAGAGGAAAGAUGGGAAGGACGAUAAAGACUACGCUUUAAAACAAAUAGAAGGAACUGGAAUUUCUAUGUCGGCAUGCAGAGAGAUAGCAUUACUCCGAGAGCUUAAGCACCCAAACGUCAUCUCCCUUCUGAAGGUGUUUCUGUCUCAUGCUGAUCGGAAAGUAUGGCUUCUCUUUGACUAUGCUGAGCAUGACCUCUGGCAUAUAAUUAAGUUUCACAGAGCUUCGAAAGCCAACAAGAAGCCAGUUCAGUUACCUCGGGGAAUGGUGAAGUCACUGUUGUACCAGAUCCUAGAUGGGAUUCACUAUCUUCAUGCCAACUGGGUGUUGCACAGGGAUUUGAAACCUGCUAAUAUUUUAGUUAUGGGUGAAGGUCCUGAGCGAGGAAGAGUAAAAAUUGCUGACAUGGGCUUUGCCCGAUUAUUUAAUUCACCUUUGAAGCCUUUAGCAGAUUUGGAUCCAGUGGUUGUAACAUUCUGGUACCGAGCUCCAGAAUUACUCCUCGGAGCACGACAUUAUACCAAAGCAAUUGAUAUUUGGGCUAUAGGGUGUAUAUUUGCAGAACUACUAACGUCAGAACCAAUAUUUCACUGUCGACAAGAGGACAUCAAAACUAGUAACCCCUAUCACCAUGACCAGCUGGACAGAAUAUUCAAUGUAAUGGGAUUCCCUGCAGAUAAAGAUUGGGAAGAUAUAAAAAAGAUGCCCGAACAUUCAACAUUAAUGAAAGAUUUCAGAAGAAAUACGUAUACCAAUUGCAGCCUUAUCAAGUAUAUGGAAAAGCAUAAAGUUAAACCCGAUAGUAAAGCAUUCCAUUUGCUUCAGAAGUUGCUCACUAUGGACCCAAUAAAGCGAAUUACCUCAGAGCAGGCCAUGCAGGACCCCUACUUCCUAGAAGACCCACUUCCCACGUCAGAUGUUUUCGCCGGCUGUCAGAUCCCGUAUCCCAAACGAGAAUUUUUAACAGAAGAAGAGCCUGAUGAGAAAGGAGACAAAAAGACCCAGCAGCAGCAGCAGGGCAACAACCACACUAACGGAACUGGCCAUCCGGGGAACCAGGACAGCGGCCACGCGCAGGGGCCCCCCUUGAAAAAAGUGAGAGUUGUCCCUCCUACCACUACCUCAGGUGGACUCAUCAUGACCUCCGACUAUCAGCGUUCCAAUCCACAUGCUGCUUAUCCCAACCCUGGACCAAGCACAUCACAGCCCCAGAGCAGCAUGGGAUACUCAGCUACCUCCCAGCAGCCUCCACAGUACUCACAUCAGACACAUCGGUACUGAGCUGUGCUGGAGUCUGUCAGUGCACUGUUGCUCAUGCUGCAGGACUGGCUGCGGCACUCGCGGGAACCUGGUGUGGGCCAUGCGAAUGUACUGUACAACCACAUCUUCACAAUGUCCAGUAGCCGAGUUCCACCAGGUGUCACAGAUUGGGGUGGUAGCUUCCAGGUUGUACCUAAGUUUGGAGUUAGACUUGAAAUGAAAGUGCUAGCACAGUUGUGUUGUGGGUUUGCUACUUCCAUAGUUUACUUGACAUGGUUCAGACUGACCAAGCAUAGUUUUCAGUGACAGUCUGUAGCAGUUGAAGCUGUGAAAUGUGCUAGGGCGAGCAUUUGUCCUCGUGUGUGGUGACUUUCAGUGUAACAGCGUGAUCUGACCAAUAGUACACACAGACGCAAGGUUUAACUGGUACUUGAAACACAGAUUAUGUUAACAAAAUAACCAAGAUUUAAAGAUUAUUUUGGUACACCUUUCUUUUUAGUGUCUUAUCAGUGGGUUGAUUCAUCUUCUACAUAAAUCAGUGUUUUAUGACCAAGAAUAUUGCUUGGAUUGUUUUGAAAGUACAAAAGAACCACAUAGUUUCUACUGACAGGUUUCAGAACUCCCAAAGAUUAAUUUCCAACUUAGAGGUUUGUUUUUAUUUUCAACCUAUGACGACUUGACUGGUCUUAAAGCUGCUAUUUGAUAGUAAUUAAAUAUGUUGUCAUUGAUAGAAGCCUGUUGGUUCAGCAAACUGAGAUGAGUGUUGCAGACAGUGUUUUCUUUCCUCGUCGGUGUUGCUGAUUUGUGAGCAUGCUUUCUGAUUACAAAAGCAUGAGUGGCGACCUCCGUGAGGCACGGUGACCCCUGCGAGGCACGGUGACCUCUGCGAGGCACGGCCUCAGUCCGCACUCUUCUGUCCUGAUUUGAAGCUGCCUAGUGUAGUGCUAUUACAGUUUUGUUCAGUUAACUUUCUUUUUAAAAGGUUGUUCGCACAUUUUUAGGGUGCCCUUACUUCAGCAAAGGAGAGGGAGUAGGAGAGCCUUAGAACUUUUGAGGGGAAAAUAAAAAGCUAUAACAUACAACGUACUGUAUCAAACUAUUUUACAUGAAUGACACAAGUAUUCUGAAUAAAAAAAAUGGAACAUUGUUAAAAACAAGGUGUUAUGUAAUAAAUUUAUUUUUCAUAAAUCAA